GGACUUACCUGAGGGGUUUUAUUCACGUUUUUUUCUUCAAUUUUUUAUAGGGCAAUUUAUUGAUAAUAAGAAGAGCUUUUAUCUCUUUUACCUGAUUGGUACAUUGCAUUUUUAGCCCAGGCAGGAGGGUCUUUUGUACUCUCUAAUGGAUUUGAGUUAUAUCCAUUAAAGCCAGUUUUCAGCAUCGCAAUCCCUUUGUGUGGGCUAAAUUUGGGCAAUUCUGAUUGAAUUUUUUCACAUUAACUGAUUUCUCGGUUCAUUUUUAAUGCAAACCCGGGUCGCAUUGUCUGGAAAAAGUCUUGAAUCUAAUCAAAUUAACUCAAAAGUUGUCUAUUUUCCCUUGUUUUUUUUAAAAAAUGCCUUUGCCAUUAAAACAUUGGACCUUUUAAAUCAUUUCCGAAAAUUGUGACUCUAAAACAAGUUACUCUCAUCGAAAAAAAUUCCAGUUAGAAAAUAUCUGACCAAUACCUGUCAAAUUUGUAAAUUGGCAGAUCGUAAAAGGAUUGGGAAACAUUUUAUUCCAAGUUUGCACUGGACAGCCUUCUAAUUCAAUUUCAUUCAUUCCUUGACUUUCAGCUGAAAUUUCUAACACUCACUCGUUCUAAUAAGAUAUAACGUUCUGACAUUUAAUUCAAAACAACAACCUAGCGUGAUUACACAGUGUAAAGCGGUAGAGUUGUCAGCUCCGGGCUUUAGUUUAAACUGAUUCCAGAUUUAUUUUAGCUACAUACUGGGUUCAACUUGCUACCGGGUUAAUAUUUCAACCGAUAAACAAACAAAUCGUCUAACAGAAAUUGAAAACAAUGAAAAUGACCCGUCGUGUUAGUUUUGCCAGUUGCUGGAACCCCCGGACUAGUUUGAGUUUGGUUGGCGACAGUUGUCGGAAAAUGUUUGCGACUACUUUUCUGCUCCUUUCUCUAAUCGACGUUUCCUCGUCGACCCAACUAGACGCAUGCAGUCAGCCUUUUACAAUUCACAAAGAGAAUUUUACCUCUGAUUACUACUGCUGGCAGUCGCUUCCAUUAAAACAUCACCUGCAAAAACUGUGGGAUAAUGAGCAGUUUCAAAAAAUGUAUGCCGAAAUGUAUCCCGAUCUAAACACGAAAGUAAAUCGAGCUUCUUUCAACAUUUCCGAUGCUAAUUUAUCAUCUAAUGCUUUCUAUCGCGACAACUUUCGAUUUCCAACUACUCUCAAAUUCCUGGAAAUAUCUCUGCCAAAUAUGGAAAGUUUCGACAUAAAUCCUUUCCAUAACCUUAUUUCCUUGAAAGAACUAAAAGUGUCGAACUUGCAAAUCGCCAAUUUCGAUUUUGAAAGGAUGUUCUGCGACAUUUCUGAGACGCUAGAUGUCCUGGAAUUAACGGAUAACAGGCUAAACUGCUCUUGCAAUCUAACCGAUUCAGUUGCGAAUAUGCGACGUUGCUUGAAACCCUCAAUUCAAAUUGAAAUUAACUGUUUGGAUAAUGAUGGAAAUGUGAUAAAUGAAGCCGAUUAUGAAGACCGGAAUCUUUGCGCUAGCGGGACGACUACUGUAGCAGCAGCGGCAACACCAGUUUUGAAACUAAACGCAAAAGAACACGAAGAUCAUCCCACGUUUGCAACUUUGGUUCUCAUAAUUAUUUUAUCUGUGGUUCUCAUUUCGAUUAUCCUUUUCGCUGUCAUCCUUUACGUGUCAAAUCGGUAUUGCCAAUCGAAACGCAAUGGGUCAAAAUACGAUUCGGCUAAAGCAAGCAAUAAGCAGAAGGAGUUUGUAGCCAACACUUAUGUCAAUUCGUCUCCCAGGCACAUUUUAGCCCCCGAAAUGCAUUUGUACGGACCCCAAAACGAGGUGCCAAGCUCCCCCAAGAAAAUGUCAAACACUCCCCCAAAGCAAGUGAAGUUUCGACCUUUGUCCCGUGAGUACCAGCCAAUUGACGGAGUCCCUUUCGACAACCAACUUCCAGUUCUGAAUUCGCCCGAACGACAAGCGAAUAUGCCCUAUAGUAUUUCGGAACAACACGAGCCGAAUGGAACCGACGAAAAUCAAAAUUGGCCUCAAGACGGUGAAUUUCAUGUUUAAGAAACACAUCCAGAGUUAUGACUGGAAACAUUGCAACCGAAGUUUGGACCUAGCCUAGCUUAUUUCCAGCUGCUUUCUUAUUAAAAAUUGAAAUUAAAAAUGGUCAGAUUUUGUAAACGCAAAAAAUAUUUGAGGCUAAAAUUUUUGAAUAGCUUCCAUUUAAAGUCUCUGAUUGCAAUAUGUGAUUUGUGAUAUGAUUUUGUACAAUUUGAUCGCAGUUUGUAGUUGAAUUUUUGAAUUGGGAAUAAUUAUUGUAUAUUUUUACGAUUGGAUUUGUAUUUCAACCGACAGUUAUGUAAUUCCCCUGCAACUAAUUAGAACUAUUUA